AUAAAAAUAAAAGAUAUUUAAAUAGUAUGGUGAUGAAAUUUGUAAUAAAAUAUUUGGAAAUAUUUGAAUAGUUUUAUAUAAUUAUUAUAAUACCAGCUUUUUCAAUUGCUAACUUUAUCCUUUAAACUGUGCUACAAUUGAAGAUUAGAGAAUUGCUUUUCGCUUGACUUGUGUUGUGUCUUAAUAUUUAGAUAUAAGGAACGCAGUUUGAAAACGAUAUGAUAUGAAUUCCACUACAGUACUCUAGUAUGUGGCGAUUUAUACUGUUGUAUAUUAUUCAUCUAUCACUAGUUGAAACGAGGAACGGUCAAAAAAAUGACCCUAGAAAUAAUGGUGAUUUGGCCUUAUGGAUUGAUGAAAAACAGGUUAAAAUGUUUAGUGGUAUGUCAAUGGAAAUUUAUGCAAUUUCGAAUGGGAAUGUACUACCUUAUAUAUUGGACAAGAAUUUUGAAAAAUAUUUACCUCUUAUACCUUCAGAAGUGAGUUAUGUAAAUUUUACUUGGAAAGCAGGAAUGAAGAAAUAUUACUACAACUUUGAUCGUCUACAAUCAUUUGAUGAGAGUAUUUUAGAAGCCCCAGUGAUUUCAAUAAAAACUAAAGGAAGAGUUCCUAAGAGACCGAAGGAGUUUAGUAUUUUAUUGCCCUGCUUAGGUAAUAGCUCUGGUAUUGCAACAUUUGGUAUAGGUUUACUUAUUGAAAGUAGAAAAGGAAAACCUCUAAAUGGGACUCCAUUAAGACUAAAGUUACGCAAAGAAUGCGCACAAAGAAACAUAAACUGUCAAAAUAUUAAAAAUUUUGAAGGUCCAGAUCCAGAAUGUGAUAAAAAAUGUGCAAAUCAAGGCUGGUGCAAUCAUGAAAAGAUAUGUCAGUGCCCUGAAGGUUACAUGGGUCAGUAUUGUAGGACAGCAUUAUGCUACCCCCAAUGCAUGAAUGGAGGCAAUUGUACUUCACCAGGAGUUUGUAGCUGUCCUCCAGGAUUUCAAGGAAGACAUUGUGAAGGAGGUAUAUGCAGUCAGAAAUGCUUGAACGGAGGAAAAUGUAUCCAGAAGGAUACCUGUGAAUGUUCUAAAGGUUACUAUGGGCCCCACUGUGAAUACUCUAGAUGUAUCAUUCCAUGUCAAAACGGUGGAAGAUGCAGAGGAAUCAAUAAAUGCAGAUGCCCCCAAGGGUUUAAAGGAGACCACUGUGAAAUUGGAAGAGCAAAACCACAUCGAAGUAACUGUAGACUAAAAUGUAAGCAUGGUACAUGUGUUGAUGAUACUUGCGUUUGUGAUUCUGGCUGGUAUGGAAGAUUGUGUCAUCACAGUAAAUAUAUAUAAUGUAAUUGAUUUUUCCAAGAACGGUGCCAAAUAAAAAACAUAUUGAUUAGCUAUCCUAUAUUAUUUAGAGGGGUUUACUAGGUUUCAAAUAAAAACAAUAUUCAUUUGUUCUAUAAAUUUAACCAAAUCUCCAUGUUUCAGAGCAUUUUGAAUGCUGUACAAAUCUUAAUUUUCAUUGACUUAGAUUUGACAUAAAGAAUUAUCACGAGCAACAACAUUUUAUAUUCAAAUCUUUAAACCCCUAAAUAUCUUGGUGCUAUGCUAGUUGUUAUCAGAAUGCUUAGAUUAAUUUGAAUUACUCUUUUCGAUAAAUUAACCUGAGAAAAAUUAGGUGCCAACAUAAUCAUUAAGAAUUUUUACAUGUAAGCAAACAGACUGAUAUUGUAUAAAUUUGGAUAUUCAUUCUAUCAAAAUUUUCAGUAAUUUCUGAAAAAAAUUUGUGAUAAUGUCACUUUUAUGAACACAUUAGACAGCAUUAUAUUUUUCAAUGAUAUUAAUUCUUUAUUUUUCUUUUUAUUGAAAAGAUGCUGUUAUCGCUUAAAUAUUGGGAAAAAUUAAGUAGAGCAUUAAUAAGUUUUUUUAAAAGUAUUGUACUUAUUGUUAAUUGAAAUAUAUUUGUAUAUUUUAUAUGAAUAUUAAUCUUUUAUACAA